AAUUAUAUGUGAACGUGUUUUAUAGAUAUGCCCAAAAAAAAAAGUGAAAAGGUGUAUAAGAUUGCAAAAACGUAGUAGAAGUAUUGAAAUUGUUGGAUGUUUUGAAGUAAAAAUCGUGGAAAAACUAAAGCAAGUCAUUUUAUUAUUCAGCACCUAUUUAAAUAUAACAAAAAAGUACUGUCAUGAAAAUGUAAUCCAGCGCAUUUAAGGCAACUAGAUAUAUUUAGUUUAGCUAACGUCACAAAACAUUAAAAGAAUUUCCCAAUACGCUUUUCGCCAAUAUUCCAAAUCACAGCCUCUACUCCAUAUAAAUGCUGCAGAAAACACAGCAACUGAAGUGUACAAGUGUUGCGCAGAAAAGUAGCAAUAAUAUUGAAUAAUUCAUACUCCAUGCAAGAACCAUAAAGUGCAAAAUAAAAUUUCCCAACAAUGGCAGAAACCGCUUACUCUCAGCUGGCCAGAUAACUAGAAAAGGAGCAGAGCCACUGGAUCACUCCAACAAAAAAAAGGCAGCGGGCAAAGAGCAGAAGGCUUUCACAAAACGACAAAAAAAAACCAGUUAUAUUAUUAAAGGAAAUAUUUUUUAAAACCCUGUAAAAUUUUUUACAAAAACACAAAGUUUUAUCCGAAAAAUCUAACCAACUUGCCAAGUAGAGAAAAUUUUCAGUUUUAAAAUGGAUGAAGAAAAAUUAAAUACACCGUUAGUAUCGAAAGAAACAGCCGACAGUGCGGUCAUAGUGCCACAAGCUGCUGGUGUAGUCUGCAUAAGUGGUGGCAAUGUCAUAGCCACUGCUGCAGUUGCCUACCAAAAGCAUUGCGCCACACCUACCACCGCCUGCACAGCAACUGACGUAACAAAUACAACAACAGCGAUGGUAGCUGCGGUUCCGGUAGUGGAUACAACCAAUGUCAAUUUAAAUGUAAAUACUCAGUUAAGCAUAGGAAUGCCACAGCUAAUACCGCCAACAACGUUACAACUGCAACAGAAAGAGCAACAACCACAACAACAGCAACAACUUACACUACUGCCCUAUAGCAACCAGAGCAAUUUGGUUGGUAACCACUUGAAAAAUGGCGCGCUCAGUUACAAGUAAGU